AUGCAAUGGCUACACUCAGACCCUAGUCUCUUGGUAUGUCCGAAUUUCCUCAGUGAUCCAUACCAAGCCAGUCGUGCUAGCCUUGUUACACCCACCAUCACCGAGGUCCAAGCUGCAGACCUUCUUCAGAAUGUUUGGGUUACAACCAACAAUGCUCUUUGCACCCAAUGGCAACAACAAACUAUUAAAGACAAACAUCUUCAAACUGAACAACAGCGCUUAGCCGAAGACGCAGCCAAACAUCAUCAACAGGCUCUUUGGUUAGAUGAAGAAACCAACAAAGCCGACGAGCAGAAGAAGAAUCGGUCCAAACACUUGCCCAUUCCCAUGUGUCCGUGUCCUGACACCACUGAUGACUGA